AUGCUUUUUACGCGGCAAGGCCCUCGGAGCAUCGACUGCGCCGGACGCGGCCUCGACAACCUGCCCGUCGGCCUGACGCUGCCCGGCGGCUUCUCGGCCGUGACGUUCGGCGAAAACAAGCUGACGGAGGUGAAGAGGGGCCAGUUUCGGUGGAACACGGCCGCAACGAUGCUGAACCUCUCCCACAAUCUGGUCGCGACGGUUGAGUCUAGGGCGCUGGCUGGGCUGCCAGUACUACAGACGCUGCUGCUGGACCACAAUCAGCUGACGGGGCUGAACCCGGAGGCGCUGCAGGGUGUAUACGAGCUCGCGCUGCUCGACCUUAGCUUCAAUCGGCUGCGCGUGCUGGACCCGUCGCUGUUCGUCAACACCGACAUCCGCGUGCUGUUGCUGAGUCACAACCCGCUGGUGAAGCUCGACCCCAUGCUGUUCAUGUUCGUGCCGCGUCUGAGGCGGCUGGACCUCAGCUCGAUGCGCUCGCUGCGCCGCCUGGAGGCGCACGCCUUCAGCGGGCUGGACCAGCUCGAGGAGCUGCGGUGCGGGUCCGGCGGCGCGCUGGCCGAGGUGCACCCGGCUGCGUUCAGGGACGCCAUCUCGGGCGAGCACCUGGCCCGGCUGGUGAGCGUGGACCUGGCCGGGAAUAACCUGACGGGCGUCAGCCGCGACAUGCUGCCCUGGGGGCGCAUGGAGUUCGUCGGCGUCGAGCAGAACCCCUGGACCUGUGAUUGCGACAUGGCCUGGGCAGCUGGCGGCGCUUUGCCCCAUGAGGAUGCGCCGUCCUUCGUGUGUGAGAAGCCGAGGGCGGCGGUCGGCCGACCCGUCUCCAAUUUGACGGCCGCCGAGUUCGGCUGCCAGGACGGCUUCGUCGCAAGCACCGGCUUCGUCGCAGGCAUCGUCGUCUCGACUGUGGCGGUCGCGGUCGUCGUGGCCGUGGUCACCAAAUGA